GUGAAGUUAUAAGUCAAUAAGUUUGUUAUAUAGAUGAUAUAUAAGGAAUACAACGAUCAUCAUCAAACUCAUCAUACAACAACUGAUAAAUAUUCACAAAUUACAUCCUGUCUUCAACAAGUGAAAAGAAUUACGUUUCUAAAAAAGGACAAGCGUUCCACGCGAUAGUUUUGCUAAUAUCCGACGAGCUUGAAUGAAUAUUCACAAAUAAUUAGUGCAAAUAUUAAUGCGCAUGGAAGAGUUUCAAGCGGGAACAACGUUCUAAGUUACUUUUUAUGGCACUACACGCACAAGAAUUGCCCUGAAAAAUGGACUUCUGCCGAGCUCCGCUUGCGAUCGUUGUCGUCUACAUUCUGCUCGUCGCUACUCCGGGCCAUGACUGUCAGCUCCGAGCUAGCGCUCUGCCCGAGCCCUGCCGGGAUCCCGACAUGAAGCGACCUCAGGUUUGGCCCACCGUCCAAUCCAGUCCAAAUGAGGAUGACAAAUAUCGCUUGAUUCAGGUUAACUGGGAUGUGAAUGAAGUUUUAGAUGGCGAUUGGGUAGGAGUUUUCACCGAAGAUCCAAGCUCCAGAACACCAGAAGAACUCAACUUGGCACAGCCACACCAGGAGCCACGCACAACUGGUUCUGUUGAAGAACCCGCUGACGUCGUAGAAUAUGGUUCACGACUGGGACGAAAACUUGACCAAUAUACUGAUACAAACUUAAAUGGAGUGUCAAACUCAACGAUAGAUAGCCCGGAAAGUACUCCAGCACUCGAAAUAAGAGAUAAUACGACAGAAACCUUUUCUCAUGAACGUCGAAGAAUUCGCCCAAGAAACCAGACAUCUAAAGCUAAACGACGACGAAUACCGAAUGGGAAACGGAAAAAACCUCGCACUUCAAAGAUAAAACCGCUAAAGGGCGAAAACAUGACGGAACCUACGACAGUUCCUUCGCUUCAAUCAGUUUCUGAUGCCGUAGUGGAGCUUAUUGUUUCAAAUUAUACGAAUCCACUUACUGAUGCCGAGGCGGAACAAAAAACGAGGAUGGUAGGUAAUGAAAAAAUACCGGAUGCUCCAAAAAUAAACGCUGAAUCGGUCAAUGUUGUGGAGAGGCAUGAAAGGGAAAGCAAAAUAAAAAACUCUAAACUACCUGAGAGGUCUCACAGAAAAUUUAGAUCAGAAAGAAGUUUAGAGGAUGCAUCACCUGAAAAGAGGGAAGCACACUCUGAUGAUGAAAUUAUAAUCAUAACCGACAAAGCAGAGGAGGGUAGGUUUGGAGGAGGUUUUCCAUCUGGCAAGGAUUACGACAAGCCUAUCAUCAGCACGAGUGCGGAGGAGGAAAACCGCUUCGGAGGCGGCGUUGGAGUCGACGAAGACUCGAUCAAAGAACGUGUCACUCUAGUCACUGAUCCAGAAGAGGAAAAUCGGUUCGGAGGUGGUCUGGGUAUAAUAUACGAUGAGUUGCUUGAAAAUGAAAGUUAUCACUUCAAAGAUACGUUAGCUGUGGAAAAAGAAACUAGUGAAAAUAACCAACAUGUGUUGGAUCCUGAAUUUUAUCCUCCUACACAAAGUUUUUCGACCACUACCGAGAACUCGGACAUCCAUAUCACCACAGUAGGAAAUGCGUACGAGCCUCCAUCGACUACAUUUGAUUCUAUAGUGCAUGAGGUCAACGAAAAAGUCGGGGAACAAACAAACCACUCUGAGGUUGAACCAAUAACUAAAAAAGUUAGCAGCAAAAGUACUCUGGCGUCAUCAGAAAAGGCGGAGUCUUCAUCUAAUGGUUACAACAGUUCAACAGAACGAACAGGAAUGAACGGAGACUUUUUUCGAGGCCUUCAGAAGGCUGAUAACAGUAGUGUUAUUGAUAUUAAUAUUUUGAGCACACUUGACAUAAAGAACGACGCAACUCGCGUCAAGAAAAAUGAGAGCAAUCCAUAUGAAUCACAGAUUAAUAAUCAAUCGAGAAGGGCAAAUGUUAGGAAACAAAAACAGAGGCAAAGUCAUAAAUUAAUUUCGGAAGUUGUAGUCCAACUCAAAACAAGUACCUUACCGAAAGAAAAUCCUGAGAAAAAUCAUGUUGAAAUUUCUGAUCCGAUCAUCAUGGAAAAUUCUGGUAUCCUCGACGCAACUGCCGAGUCCGCCACCAGGCGGGUGCCCGAUAAGAAAGUUGAAGAGGCAAGAAAGAAGGAUGAGUUGGUUAACAAUAAAAUUAGCAUUGGUGAAGAAAUUACGAAAGCGAAAUUUUUCAGUAAAGAACCCGAGGAAAAUCCAAGUAUGGUCCCUCCCAAUUCCAACGACAGGUCAAUAAACGUGAGCAGAUAUCACAGCGGCGAUCCAUACAAACUCGAUCAAAAUACUCAGGCCCCAUCAAUUUCAAGCAAAUUUCUUACCCGAACUAAAACAAAUUCUGAAAUAGCACGAACAAUGCAGACAGGACCAGCGAUAAACAGUGAAAGCAGCGUGAAAAAUGACAAAGCAACUAAUGCAAGCGUUCCUGAAUCGGUAUCACCAAGUUCUGCCGAAAAUAUAUCAGUCAGAAGUGAGUUUGGUAUCGACGAAUAUUUCAAGCGCACUGGAAGGCAUCGGUUAGGCCAGAAAUCGUCUCACCGUCGUCCCUUUAGCACUCACUCCAGCCACAGUGACCGUGAUCAUGGUAUUGGGUCUUACUAUCGCCUCCGUCGACAACCGGUUACUCGUUACUCUUCUGUCCGGGAUUAUCAUGAUUACUUUGACCCACAUAAGCAUGAUAGAGAUUCGCACGAUUACGACUUCCGUGGUAGUGGGCGCUCGUCAGGGAGUGUCUCCCAUGAACGCCAUGUGGAUUAUCCCGACAAACAUACCGAUUAUGGAAGUUCACACGACUAUGACUAUUAUGAACACAAAUCAAAGUUCAGAAACUCGAACCAUAGGCGACGUAACAAUGGAUAUGAAGAUGACUAUCAAGAUGAUGACCACAGAAAAAGCCACGAAGUUCGAAACAAAGGUUACAGUUCUGGGAAAAAUACACGCGGACAUCAGAAAAAACAUAAUGAGGAUCCCUACCAGUUUGAUUACGGUGAUGAAUACGAUGACCAUCCUGACUAUCAGAAAUACGAAGACGAUUAUUAUGACGAGUAUUACGCAACAGCAUACGAUACUGAAAAGGAUGUCAUUUAUUUCUCUAAUAAAGGUGCAGCCGCUACAAGAAACAACGCUGAACUUAGGGGGGACGAUAAUUCUACUUCUACUGCUCCACCUGCUGAAGAUUUCGCAACUGAGUCGCCAUUUUUACAAGAUGUGCAAAUCAACGGAACUGAUUUUCUGACUGAGUUGCGAGUCGAUUCUGCAAAUAUAUCAAGGAACUUGACGUUUGAAAACGACUUUAUUCUAAUUACAAAUGGCACAAACGAGAACGAAAUAACGAUUGUUGCAAGUGACCUUGUCUCAAAUUUAAAUUCUGUUGUUCGAGUUGUAACCAGCCCCUCGAACGAAAAAAACUUUUCAUCAAUAAUAGUAUCGACGAACGAUGACAGAGACCCAUCAAGAUUAGUAAUAAGUGGGCACGAAGUGAACCCGUCCGCCAUACUCAUCACGACUAGUCCACUCUCUUCGGGAAUAAUCGUCAAAAAACCUCGUGGGUUGAAUAGCCCAGUUGAGCAGGACGACACUUUCAAGCAGAUGAGCAAUUCAUCAAUAAAUGAAUUACUGAACAACAGCCUUAUUUUGAGGUGGUAUUCAGUGGCGAAUCUUCGUAACUUUGAAAUUGAAAUUGAUGACAUAAAUCAGCUGUUUAAAAUCAACAAAGAAUUUCAUCUAAAUAAUAAUGAUGACUUGAAAUUUGAUAUUACCUAUUUUGAAAAUCGCAUAUCCCGUGCGGAUAAAUUAAGAGCAAUGAUAAAGAUUGGUUCUUCUAAUAAAGUUCAGUAUACAGAAGCAGGUGCUUCUACGCAUAUAAAUAUUCCGAAACGACUUCCUCUGAAAGGAUCUUUAGGUGACGGUUCAAAGACUUAUUCCAGACAAGAUGAGGAGAAAAGUCAUGAAAAGAUGGCGAGCGUUGGCACGCAUUAUUCUGAAAAAGAUUUCGAUUCAGAAGAUUACCAAAUUGAUGACAAAUAUUAUGAUCAAAAUACGGAAACCUACGGGAAAAACAAAAUUAAAAUUCGAAAAAACAGCAAAAUUUUGGAUUAUCCUACAGAAGAUGCGGAAGCACCGUUCAUUACAGACGAAAAUAAAAUGGAAAUUUAUCCCAAUAUUGAAGUAAGAGGCGAGAAAAAGUCAGCUGUAGUAGAUAGAGUUAUUGGAGAAAUUAAAACACCAGGAGCACAAAUUCAUCCAAUGAGCCUUCAAUCGGGUUUUGUCUCUAAAGCACAUUUCAAUGAGUCAGUUCCCGAAUCCCUGAGAAAACCCGCGUCAAGACCCAUGGUUGUUUCCAAAGAUGGUGAUGACGUAAACUUCGAAGUUUCCACGCUUGAUCCCCUAAUACUCGAAUCCAAUAAUCCAACAACCGGCAUUUCAGACAGCACCGAGCGCGUAGCUAAUGUCCAAGAGUCCAGCACUGAAUCAAGUAUAAAUCGAAACAUUUCUUCAUCUUUAAUGCAGCCGAAAAACAAGAUUAUUGAGGCAGCCUCUGAGUUUGUGACUGAGCGAUCUCUCGGUAACAUUUGUAAUGGAUCUACGGCAUGUGACGUGGAAGUGUCCUCGCUAGCUUCCAACAGGAGCUCCCGCAUGCAUGGAGAAGCUAACUUUUCAACAGGGUGGUCAGGGUCUCAGCCGUGGGUAAAAUUUUCAGCCCUGCCAACAUCAACGGCCGGAAAAAUUACAUCCACGGUUGCAUUUCCUCGACUGAGUAGUUCCGAGCUAGCUGAGGGAGGCUGUGUGGGUCACUGGGUGGCCUACAUAAGGCAAGGCCAAGUUAUAGACGCAGCCUGCAUCCAAGCUCACCCAACGUGGAUGUGGGACAACAGGGAUGUGUUGAUCAACCGGCCUUUGGAAGACCUUGCCAUUCUGGGAUCUCACAACGCCGGUUCUCUGACAGCGAACGACUCAUAUGAUGCCGUCGCAAAUUGGGUUGUCUGUCAGGAUGAGACAAUCCUUGAUCAGCUACUGUAUGGAGUCAGGCACCUUGAUAUUAGACUGGGGUACUACCCUGACAUGCCAGAGAAACUGUGGAUUAACCACGACAAAGUUAGGUGGAUGCCGUUCUCUACUCUUACGGAUGAUGUACUACACUUCACGAAACUCUCCCCUGACCCUGUCAUCCUGGACAUACACAGGACCCCAGUGGGCUUCGAGGAUCCUCAAGCAACCGUUGAAGUGCUAGAAGCCAUUGAAACAAAACUUGGAGCAUUAUUAUUUCCUUACCCAAGCAAAUAUGAUUCGACCAUACUGGCUGUGCACGAUUCAGUUGGUAACGGAACCUCUGAGGCAUCCAAAGGGUUUGCGUUUGCACCAACUUCUGACAGAGUGACGUUGGGCGAUAUCUGGGAAGCUGGUCGCUCGGUCAUCGUCUGUUGGGGAGACGAAGGGAUGAGGCUGAACCAUCCAUGGCUUUGGCCCACCAUACCACAGGAAUGGGCCAACACUAAGGUUACGACUGACCUUAUAAACUUCAUGGAGAAAUCGUCACGGAAACACCACCGGACCACACACUUCUGGGCCUUGAUGGCUCAUCUCACGCCUUCGAUCUGGGACGUGAUUCUCCCAGGUGGCAUCGGCGUCCGAGGUUUUGCCGAUCGAGUGGCUGAGCCUGUGGAUGAGUGGCUGGACUCUAGUGACUGGCUCCAGAGCGGAAAUAUCAUCGCUGUUGACUUCUUCCAUGGCUCUCGACUGCUGAAUCGGAUAAUCGAUAUAAACAUCGCACGAGCUACGUGCCCUGAGGUGCUGCACGAACGAGUCAUCAAUCCGCGAAAUUCACGAGGCGGAAUUCCUUUCUCCCACAACAAUUGGAGUUUCAGUGUACAAAAUAGCGACAUCUACAUAAAAAAUGAGAAAGCAUUGGGAACUACAUUACGAGGCAAUGAAAGUGGAAAUAAUACAAAUGAACUAAAGGGCUCUUUGUCAGCAUUACUCGCAGCAGGAAUCCUUUCUUCACUGGAACCGAGCGGUUCUUUUGGAGCCGAAUCACAGCCUUCUCAUUUUUCGGAUGAGUCAUUAACUAUUGGUUAAGUUUGAAAGCUUGGGCCUCGGGAGCGCGGUGCAAGAACUGCGCGCUAAUAAACGUGGAAUGCCCUUUCCAAUAUGAUAUUUUUGCUACUUAACACAAAGUGUUAGCUUUUACGUUGCUAUAGAAUAUUUUUAAACCUUCAUGUCCCUAACGAUUAUGCAAUAUGUUAAACUUUCGUCUAAUCUUGUAGUUUGUGUCCAUAACCUGGCCUCAAUAAAUAGAGUCAAAUAAUAAUAAUAGCGGUUUCAGCGUUUAGUAG